GCUCUGCUGGCCGGUUCCUGAACAGACCGGGCUAGUUAAUCACGGAAUGACGCUGUGCUGGAUUUCUCUGUCAUAUAUCUACACGGACAAUCCACGGCCGAAGCUCACGUGUAGAUCUUGGGAGGGUGACUGUAGACCUUAAAAUCCAAACAACACACGGUUACCAACAUUUUAACUUUAUUAACAGAUCCUGGAUAUUGAUCCCGUUAAAGGGGAGUUUUGAAACUGACACGGGACGUUUUGUCCUGGGGCACGCGCACAGAGCCUAGGAUUAGGUGAAAUUACGUGGUGGAUCGGAUCGGGGCAUCAUGUCAAUCUUGCCCUCCUUUGGCUUUACGCAGGAGCAGGUCGCAUGCGUCUGCGAGGUGCUGCAGCAGGGUGGGAAUCUGGAGAGGCUCGGACGUUUCCUCUGGUCCCUGCCAGCCUGCGACCACCUCCACAAGAACGAAUCCGUACUUAAAGCGAAGGCCGUGGUUGCCUUCCACCGGGGAAACUUCCGUGAUCUCUACAAGAUUCUCGAGAGCCACCAGUUCUCCGCACAUAACCAUCCUAAACUUCAGCAGCUGUGGCUUAAGGCGCACUAUGUGGAGGCGGAAAAGUUGCGAGGCCGCCCGCUCGGAGCUGUGGGGAAAUACCGUGUGCGCAGGAAAUUUCCUUUACCCCGUACGAUCUGGGACGGCGAGGAGACCAGUUACUGCUUCAAAGAGAAGUCUCGGGGCGUGCUGCGUGAAUGGUAUACUCACAAUCCCUAUCCAUCUCCACGGGAGAAGAGGGAGCUCUCGGAUGCAACGGGAUUGACCACCACACAAGUCAGCAACUGGUUUAAAAACAGGAGGCAAAGAGACCGAGCAGCCGAGGCGAAAGAGAGAGAAAACAGUGAGAACAACGGCAUUGGUGGUAAUAAGAACCAGCGGUCCCCGCUCGACGGAGUAAAGUCGCUCAUGUCCAGCUCGGAGGAUGAGUUUUCUCCGCCGCAAAGCCCCGAGCACAACUCCGUUCUUCUGCUGCAGGGGAACAUGAGCAAUACUGGGCCUAAUCCAUACCCAAUGCCCGGCCUCGGAGCACAGCAUCCGAUACACAGUAUGCAAGGACAUCCGCACCAGAUCCAGGAUUCGCUAUUGGGAUCUCUGACAUCCAGCCUUGUGGAUUUAGGAUCCUAGGAUGUUUCAUUUACAUUUUGAACGACAUUACUGGAACAAGUAAAAAACACAAAUAACCCAUAUUUACGGUAUUACUCCAUAUCAUAUUCAUGAAGCAGAGGACGUUUGCUGAAUCAAAUCUAGCACGGCGGGGAAAAUUAAAAGAGCUUCUUUUUUAAAAAAGAGUUUACUGGACAAGUAAAGGUGUGAAACCAACAAGGCCAUCAUUUAAACAUAUUCAGAGUAUUGCUGGGUACUGGGUAAAAAUGAAUUAUUUAUAUUGUGUUACUCAAAGAUUAAUUUAUAGAUGUUUUUUUCUGUUUGGGAAAGCACGAAUGAGAACCUCAGGAAUGAGGUUUAAUAAAAAUGGCUUCCAAUAUCA